CAGACUUUAAAGUGCAAAGUUUGUGAAAAACAAACAGCUUGCUGAUUCAACAGUACAAGACUGUCGUUCCACAGUGGUGCACGCAGAAACAAACCUCUACAAAAUGAGGCUCCUGUUCUUCCUGCUGGGUGUAUUCCUCGUCCCACUGCCGACAUUUUGUGGAAUUAAGCCUUUAGCUCAACACUUUGAGCCAGAGCCAACAGAUACACCACAAAGCCUGCGAACCAAUGAAAAUCUCCACACCGAAAGUAUCCAACUACAGUUACAUGAGGAUAAUACUUUAACACAAGAGCUUCUCCUAGAUCUCGAGGAAGAUGACUACCUGGAUUUUGAUAAAUUAUUAGCAGAGGAUGAUGAUGAUUACAUCGAUGAAAUUGAUGAGAUAGAAACUUCACCAGAAACAGACACGGAACUUCCACUUUUAGACCCUGCAGCCAAAAGAGCCAAAUUACUCCAGUUAUUCCAUGGCAAGACCAGGAUACAACGCUUGAACAUUGUCAACGCAAACUUUGCUUUUGGUCUUUACAAAAGCAUCAGGAAUGGAGUCGAUCCGCUUGAUAACAUAUUACUAGCCCCUGUUGGCAUCUCAGUCACGCUGGGCAUGGUUUCUCUAGGUGCGAGACACGAAACGCAUCAGCAGCUAUUCCACACCCUUGGCUUUGCAGAUUUUGUAAAUGCAAGUGUAAAAUACGACACGAUGACCGUUCAUAAUCUCUUCCGCAGGCUUACUCAUCGCCUCUUUCGCCAUAACUUUGGUUACACUCUCCAGGGUAUUCAUGGUCUAUUUGUGCGCCAGGACGCCCAGAUUCUGAGCAACUUCACACAAAAUAUGAAAACCUAUUACUUUGCCGAGCCACAGUCAGUCAACUUUUCCAACCCUGCUCUGAUUCGUAAAAUCAACCAACGCAUUCUUAAGCUCACCAAAGGACUGAUUAAAGAAGCUCUAAGAACGAUUGAUCCGCAGACUCUUAUCAUGAUUCUGAACAGCUUGUACUUGAAAGGAACUUGGCGCACCAAAUUUCCAAAUGAAAGGACGUACAGAGGGGUUUUCUGGUUGAAUGAAAAGGAUUCCGUCAGAGUGCCUAUGAUGCAAACCAAGGGAAACUUCCCUGCAACUGUAGACCACAAACUCGAAUGUGACAUUCUCCAGCUGCCAUACGUGGGAAACAUCAGUAUGUUAAUUGUGGUGCCUCGCAAAUUCUCUGGCAUGAAGACCGUUGAAAUGCAGCUGACAUCAGAGGUGGUGAUGACCUGGUUAAAGAGCAUGACCAACAGAACAAUAAAAGUGAUGCUCCCCAGAUUCAACCUGGUAAAGCAGUACGACCUGGUACCAUACUUCAAGGCUUUAGGAUUGUGGCUGCCUUUCGAACAAACGGCAGACUUUACUGGAAUAUCAAGUCAAGAGAAUCUGGGCAUUAACCUGUUCAAACACCAAGGAUCAAUCACAGUGAAUGAAGAAGGAACUACAGCGGCAUCUGUGACAACAGUAGGCUUUAUGCCCCUCUCCUCACAGAAUGAGUUUAAUGUUAAGAGACCUUUCUUAUUCCUUAUAUAUGAGCACCGCACAGAAUGCCUGCUGUAUAUGGGCCGGGUGACAAAUCCACUGAAGCAGUGACGACCAAAAGAUUAAAAUUGAUAAGCUGCCAAUAAACAGGCUAAAAUUGAACAAAAAAAAAAUGAAAAUAAAAUUUUGUAAAGUAACGUAAAAGAACAUAGCACUGUAAACAAAGGACCAUUAUUUCACAGAAGGAGCCGCCAAGCCAAAUUUUAAACAGCAACAUUUUUCUUUCGAGAUUGUGUUUUCAUCCAAUCCAUUCCAGGGUAGUAGCUUGAAUUCUUGCCGCUGCCUAAUAUUGUUUAGUUUAAUACCAAUACUGGAGCUUAAGCCUAUGAUGUGAAUUUAUAAUCCCUCGAAGAGCAGAGAGUACUAGAUUGUUGGAGGUACUGCCCUUGGAACGGCACUAUUCUUUUAAUGGCAUGAUUGAAUGUAACAGAUCCAAAACAUUUAUUGAAGAACAGAUACACAAGAAAUCCUACAUAAACGUCUUCUCUCAGUAUCAAGUUAUCCUUUAUACUGCUGUUUGUAAAAUGUUUACUAGACUGGGCCUCAUAAGUGCAGCCCAAACCCUAUUUAGGGAGGAAGAGAUGUUUCACUUUGGAGUCAGUUUAGGUUUUACGACAGGAUUUGUAUCACAAAUAUAAGACAAAUGCAAAGUUCAAACUACUCUGUAUGGAAGUUAAACUUGAAGCAAAUUCACCCAUUUCUCAGAGGCUUGAAUUGUACUAACCAAAACCCUUUUUAGUGUUGGAAGCUUUCCUCACUAAAACAGGUUUAUUCAAUCAGAAGCGUAUUCAUUACCAUAAGUCAAUAACUGGCAAAAAUUGCAACAAAAAGGUGACUCUUGCUCUUUAGUUGUUUUGCAAGAAUAAACAUUUACAUUCUACCAAAAAUGUGAGCCAUGGACUCUGCAAAUACUUGAACAGGCUAGCAACAUUUAGAGAAUUUAGAAACAUUAUUGCAACAGUGCCAGGUGAAGACAUAAAAGCACAAGCAACAUCCAUUGCUCCAGAUUACAAAUGGAAGACCACGUUUGCAGAAGUUUUCUAUUACGUACUUACUGCUAUAUUAAGUAUUUCUUGAUCUGCUCAGUCUCUGGCAGUGAUACUGUGAUAGUCCUUCAGCAAGGCACCUCAAACCCGGUCUCUCAAGACUACUUCCUAUAAUCAGCCCCCACUGUUAUUACUCCAAAACUAAUGUUUUAUGGUGUACAUCUAAUGCUGGUCUUUCCGUGAGUUAAAGGAAUUGAGAGCAUUUCAUGAAAAAGGUAUGAGUUUUAUAAUGUUUUAAUUUACUCUAAUUUUUGCAGCAAUUAAAACUAAAUAUACUUCA